UGACAUUUAAAGGUUUUUUCCAUUUUAUGAGAAAAGAGUGAGUGAUCUUUGUGGAGAGUUUUGUAAGCAGCUGUACAGCAUGACUGCACAGUUUAAGAGGAUUUGAAGAUGUCAUUGGUUUCCAUCAUCUCUCUUUUGGCUGUCAUUAUUUCAGCAGCCUACGGUGGGAAAGUUCUGGUUUUUCCACAUGACGGCAGCCACUGGGUGAAUAUGAGGGUACUUGUUGAGGAGCUGCAUACAAGGGGACACACUGUUACUGUCAUUCGGGCUGCAGAUAGCUGGUACAUCAGAGAAGCGUCUCCACAUUACAAUACUGUCACAGUGGAUGUUGCCGGUGGUGGAAAUGAAGAUUUUUUUAGACUCUUUGUCUCUGAAGUUAUUAAAAUUAAGCGAAGCAAGGGGUCCGCAUGGGCCCGCUUUGCUUUAGACAUGGAGUUGAAGGAAAAGUUCUUUGAAUUACACAAGAAAGUCUGUGAAGUGAUUGUGCACAUAUUUGAAAAUGAAGAGUUAAUGAAGUUCUUGCGAGACGCCAAGUAUGAUGUGGUUUUGACGGACCCUGCUAACGGAGGAGGCGUCAUGCUGGCUCACUAUCUGGGAUUGCCGUUAGUGUUUAACGCCCGCUGGACUGUUCACGGUGAAGCCCAUUUUGCUGUUGCACCCUCUCCGCUUUCUUACGUACCGCUUCCACCUUCAGAACUAACAGAUCAAAUGACUUUCUAUGAGAGGGUCAAAAACAUAGUUUUCUACACCAUGAGGAUGCAUCUGUACAAGCAGGUGGUUGGGCCACAUUAUUCUGAAUUGUCCAGCCGCUACUUUGGCCCAGAUGUAGACUACUUCUCUCUGUUUCAAGCUGCAGACCUGUGGCUGAUGAGAGUGGACUUUGUGUUCGAGUUUCCUCGUCCUAUUAUGCCGAAUAUUAUUCAUAUGGGAGGCUUCCAGUGUAAGCCCUCAAAACCUCUUCCUGAACACCUGGAGGAGUUUGUGCAGACUUCUGGAGAGCAUGGAGUCAUCAUCAUGUCUCUGGGAACUUUAAUUGGAGAGCUUCCCCGUGACCUAGCUGAUGAGAUCGCUGCAGCUUUUGCUAAAUUACCUCAGAAAGUCAUCUGGAGAUAUAAAGGUGACAAACCAGCGACUUUGGGCAGCAACACUUUACUAGUCGACUGGAUGCCACAGAAUGACCUCCUAGGACAUCCAAAUGUUAAACUCUUUGUAAGUCACGGAGGAACUAACGGAAUAUACGAGGCUAUAUAUCAUGGAGUUCCAAUUGUCGGCAUUCCCAUUGUGUUCGAUCAAGCCGACAACCUCUCCAGACUGAGAGCAAAGGGUGUUGCAAAGGUUAUAGAUGUUUCUGUACUGGAUAGGGAAACAUUUCAGACUGUCAUACAGGAAGUCCUGAAUGAGCCCUCCUACAAGAUGAACAUGCAGAGACUCUCCAGGCUGCACAGAGAUCAGCCAGUGAAGCCACUGGAUCGUGCAAUCUACUGGUUAGAGUUUGUCAUGAGACACAAAGGUGCAGCUCACCUGAGAACAGAGUCCUACAAAAUGCCCUGGUAUUCCUAUCACUCUGUAGAUGUAAUACUAUUUUUAGUAACAGCUGCUUUGCUCAUUUUGUUAUUUUUUGCAGGGUUAGUAUGGUCAUGCUUUAGAUUGUGUUUGAAAAAGAAAGUGAAAACUGACUAAUCAGGAAAAAUGGAAUGAUAAUUUUCAUAUUUUUGAAUACAUUGGUAUAUGAGAAAUCUGGCUGUAAUCCGCUGGAUAUCGAAAAGUACAGAAUUUGACAUUUUAAAUGUGUCUUAAGUGUUCUGCAAGUAACUUAAAUAUUGCUAGAAAAAAAUGGACUGUAAAAAAUAAAAAAGAGAUGUAAUUACCAUUACACAAUUAUGCAACUGACUGCCAAUUUGCAAGAGUAAAGUCUGUUUGAUUACUUUGUUUAAAGCCAAGUCAUUUUUAAUAAUCUCUUGACCUUUCAAUGUAUCAGUUUAACCUCUAAUUUUGGUCUUAAACAAAUAAAACUCACAGCAAA